GGUAAGAUACUGGAUUAUCUUUUCGAGGUUGAGAAACACUAUAGUGAAGUAAACUUUGGCAUCCUUGAGUAUGAACAAAUAUUGGCCAUGACCCUUUGAGUGUCAGGCAGACGGUUCUUACUCAUUAGUUCACAGAUACUUCUAGAGACACUCUUUGUUAGGAAGCAUAGUGUGUGAUGCUGUAAGGUGGAAAUGAAUGGGCAGGAUCACCAUCUGGGGGCCUUUGUUACCCCGAUGAGCCCUGCUAUGAGUAGAACAUGGAAGAUUUGACCCUCACCAAUAGGUUCUUCAAAUACUUUAUUCAGUUGUGCUGUUGUUUGUGUCCCCCCAAAAUGACAGAAGAGGCUGGUGGUGUAGGUGGUGAUUAUAAAUAUAUGCUGUACCCUGUGAUGAACAUUUGGACAGUGACCCAGUAAUGAGCACAGCAGUUAAAAUGAAUCACCUGCUUGAAUUGCCAGUAGCCCAGCUGCAGACCUCCUCUUUUCACUUUGUGUGCUUCAGAGCCUCCUCACACCAGUGCUUUGUGUCUUCUGUCUCCUGCGCAGUAUUUGCAGAUGAAAUGGCCUCUCCUUGGUCUCCCCUUUACAGCCACACUCAAGGACACCAUCCCCAGCACACUUGAUAAGCCUGUUUCUCCUUAAGGCACCAAAGGGACACACUCUCACUCACUUUGUCCCAUGUCACUGCCUCCCCUCCACCUUUCAUAAGCUGACGGCGUCUGGUGUUGCCUCAGGUGUGGUAGCAUAGUGAGAAGAGCCGAGCAGUCAGGGGGUUAGCAAUUAGGUAGCUACCCAUGCACUUCCCCACCUCAUCCACUUCAACACCCAUGCAGAUCCCACCUAGGUAUCUCAGUGUCAUGCUCCAGGUGUAUUGUGAGACACCACUAUGACCCACAGUGCUGGCUUUUUUUUUAACCUUGACCCCCUUUACCCAUUUGAAUCUUUUUGUGGUUCUGUCAAUUUUUGCUUUAUAAAAUAUGAACUGAAAUUACCAGUUCCUGAUAAUUUGAAACUUUUGUCAUUAUGGUGUCCUUCUGUAUGUCAAGCAAUGGUUUUCUUCUUUAAGUUCACUUGGUCAAAUAUUGUCAAAUUAGUAAUUAUUAUAUUAUAGAAAUAAUUUGAGGCCUAGGAUGAUGAAACCGUUGUGUAGAAAGGAUUUUCAUUUGCUUCUGCAAGGGGAAGAUACUGACAAUUCGUUCAUCUUCAUGCAAUUUCAGUAUUGAGGUGAUUUGACGUUUGGCUUCAGUCCCUGCCAGAAAACGCCCUGGUCCCUUUUGCUCUUGUUCCUAUGGUGAAGUCUUCGGGGAUUACCAGAAAAGCUGUAUAGCAGGCAAUGGAUUUAUGCCUCUUAGCCCUUAGAACGUGUCUAAAGUGCUACUCAGCUUCUCGGCCUUUCAAUGAAUAGAGUCUACACUCUUGGUUCCAAGGCCGGCAGAGUAGAAUAGCAAGACAUUUUGCCCGAGAGGUCAGCGAUUCCAGGAAGUUCUGAACACCAGGAGCUCAGAGCAAUUGGGCACUUCCGCAUCAGGGGACGCGGCUUUGCCCGCUGUUCACUCAGACAUUUGGAACAGUGUAGGACAGGCAGGUACUGUGGCCGUUUCCCCGCUCUGGCUUUCUCAUAGAGUCCAGAGCUCCGUGCAGCCUCACAUCCCUCUGACCAGUAAGGCAAGCCUGUGGACAGCUUCCCCCACGGAAUUCUGGGAAGUGUAGGGCCAAGAACUCUCCGGCACUUCCCUUCUCGGCGGGCGGUGCUGAGGAAUUCUGGGAGAUGUAGUCCAGGAGAGCCGGGUUACUCGCAAGCGCUUCUGCCCCAGGAGGACGUCGUAAGCCAUCAUUUGUUCUCUGAUUACAGUGAUUCAGGUCCGCUCUUCUCGACCCAUUCAGACUUCCCUGAAACGCACCUGGGCCCAACAGCGGCCGGCCUUUCUUUUGGGGAGAAAGGAGGAGGCUAAAAGCGAAGCCCUGACUUCCCAACAAAGCACUGCGUGGAGGAGGAGGCGGAGGCGGUGACAAAGUCUCACUCGGGUCUCCUUGCAAAAUCCUGACUUGAGCAGAAGGCAGCUGGCAAGUUUAGAGUCAGAAUGGAGGGAAUUUGAAUUUGUGAAGAUAUAUUUCUCCCAGAUUUGGAGACUGGAUUCAUUGCCAUCUUUUGUACUAGACGACUUCUGCCUGGAGUGGGAAGAUCAACUAGUAACUUCUGUCUUCCUAGGACUCUGCAUUUCCCCAGAAGGAAAAAGAAAAUGAGCAUGUUUAAGGAGGUGGUGACAUUCAAGGAUGUGGCUGUGGCCUUCACGGAGGAGGAACUGGGACUGCUGGACUCCGCCCAGAGGAAGUUGUACCAGGAAGUGAUGGUAGAAAACUUCAGGAACCUGGUCUCAGUGGGAAAGAACAAUCAAAGUGAAUUGAGUACUGUUCAAGACAGAGGAUCACAUGAAGAGCUUUCCUGCUGGCAAAUCUGGCAACAGAUUUCAAAUGACUUAACCAAAUGUCAACAUUCUGCAAUAAAUUGUGCUCAGUUCCACAAACAAGGUGAUUCCCCCUGCCAGGUUGGGGUAGGACUGUCUAUUCAAAUUUCUGAAAAUGAGAACUUUAUACUAGAUCAUAAAGUCAGUGGUCCCAAUGGUACCAGAAACCCAGAGUUUCCAACUUUGAGAGCCCAAGAUUCUUGCAGGAAAACUUCCUUGAUUGAGUCACAGAAUUAUCAGAAUGGAUAUCAGCAAAUUUCCAUGAGAAAUAAAUUAUGUUGGUGCAAACAGGAUGUUGAUACCAUCCGUUGCAUUUCACAUCACCUCGAUGAUCAUGGAGUACACAAAGGUAAAAAAUCUUAUAGCCACAAUGAUUAUGAGAAAGACAGCAUGAAGAUCCCAACACUGGAUCGGAAUAGCAUGAUUCACACAGGACAAAAACCUUACCAGUGUAAUGAAUGUAAAAAAAACUUAAGUGAUCUCUCCACUUUUGAUCUUCAUCAGCAAGGACACUCAAAAGAGAAGUCUCACACAUGUAGUGAGUGUGGAAAAGGCUUCAGUUAUAGCUCAGAUCUUCAUAUUCAUCAGAGAGAUCACAUGGGAGAAAAACACUGUAAGUGUGAUGAGUGUGGUAAGGAAUCCAGUCAGAGCUCACAUCUGGAAACUCAUCAGAAAGUCCACACUGUAAAGAAACCAUUCAAAUGUGAGGAAUGUGGGAAAGGCUUCAGUCGUAGAUCAGCACUUACUGUUCAUUGCAAAGUCCACACGGGAGAAAAACCUUAUAAUUGUGAGGAAUGUGGGAGGGCCUUCAGUCAGGCCUCUCAUCUUCAGGACCAUCAGAGAGUCCAUACUGGAGAGAAACCAUUCAAAUGUGGUGCAUGUGGUAAGAGCUUCAGUCGGAAUUCACAUCUUCAGUCCCAUCAGAGAGUCCAUACAGGAGAGAAGCCAUACAAAUGUGAGGAGUGUGGGAAGGGCUUCAUUUGUAGCUCAAAUCUGUACAUUCAUCAGAGGGUCCACACAGGAGAAAAACCCUACAAAUGUGAGGAAUGUGGUAAAGGUUUUAGUCGGCCUUCAAGUCUUCAGGCCCAUCAGGGAGUCCACACUGGAGAGAAAUCAUACAUAUGUAAUGUGUGUGGUAAAGGCUUUACUCUGAGUUCAAAUCUCCAAGCACACCAGAGAGUCCACACAGGAGAAAAACCAUACAAAUGUGAUGAGUGUGGGAAAAGCUUCAGGAGGAACUCUCAUUAUCAAGUUCAUCUGGUAGUCCACACAGGAGAGAAACCCUAUAAAUGUGAGGUGUGUGGAAAGGGCUUCAGUCAGAGUUCCUAUCUUCAAAUCCAUCAGAAGGCCCACAGCAUAGAGAAACCUUACAAGUGUGAGGAAUGUGGGCAGGGCUUCAACCAGAGUUCACGACUUCAGGUUCACCAGCUGAUCCAUACUGGUGAGAAACCAUACAAAUGUGAAGAAUGUGGGAAAGGAUUCAGUCGUAGAGCAGAUCUUAAAAUUCAUUGCAGAAUCCACACGGGAGAGAAACCAUAUAAUUGUGAGGAAUGUGGGAAAGUCUUCAGACAAGCCUCAAAUCUUCUGGCCCAUCAGAGAGUCCACAGUGGAGAAAAACCAUUCAAAUGUGAAGAGUGUGGGAAGAGCUUCGGUCGGAGUUCACACCUUCAAGCCCAUCAAAAAGUCCACACUGGAGAAAAGCCAUAUAAAUGUGAGGAGUGCGGGAAGGGGUUCAAGUGGAGCUUGAAUCUUGACAUGCAUCAGAGGGUCCACACAGGAGAGAAACCAUACAAGUGUGGGGAGUGUGGGAAGCACUUCAGUCAGGCCUCAAGUCUUCAGCUUCAUCAGAGUGUCCACACUGGGGAGAAGCCGUACAAAUGUGAUGUGUGUGGUAAGGUCUUCAGUCGAUCUUCACAACUACAGUCUCAUCAGAGAGUUCACACAGGGGAGAAACCUUACAAGUGUGAGAUAUGUGGUAAGAGCUUCAGUUGGCGGUCGAACCUUACAAUUCAUCACAGAAUCCAUGCUGGUGAGAAAUCCUAUAAAAGUGAUAGAGGUGGUAAGAACAUUAGAGAGUCCACUCAGGAAAAAAUCUGUAUAAAAUGAUUUUUUUAAGUGUCAUGUGAAUUCUUCCUACCAGUAAGUUCAAAAGGAAAAGUAUAUAUAUAUAUAUAUAUCAUUGAAGUCAGUGUUUCAGCCGUAGCUCAGCAUAUCCCAGUAGUCAGGAGGCUACACAGCAGAGAACACUUCUAUGUGGUAUAGUAAUGGCUUCAGUUUGUCUCUUGGCCUUUAUUAAAUAUUACUCAGGGAAGAGGCUUUUAGCAAGUAUGAAUUAUAUCAGGCCUUGUACAAAAGUAUGAUAGAAAUGCCAAAAUCAGUGCUCAUUAAAAUGUAAGUUUCAUAAAUGCAGACAUUUGUUCUGAAUCUAUAUAGUCUUAAUAUUGCCAGGUACUUUGUAGAUGCUCAUAACUUGUUAAUAAGUUAGGAAAAUGUAUAUUUGAGAAUUGUUGAGAUCUCCAGAAUGUCAUAAAAGUGUAUUCAGAACGGGAAACCUAAAUGUGGCCUUAAUAAAAUUAAUUCAGAGAGAGAUGAAAUGUUAGAAGACCACUCAUUACUGUAAUGUGUUUAAUCAGUUUGGCAUUGCCCUAUUGUGAUGAACUCCUGCCCCACAUCCAGCUUCUCAUCAAGUUGGGUCUUAUCAUCUUGGACUUUGUCUAGUGUUUUUUAUUGAUACUAUACAGUAUAGAUCUAAAUGGAUUGUUAAUCUUGCAGUAAUUAGACAUAUUACACUUUUUUCCAAGGAUGUCAAGGCAGGAGUUUGUGUCAGAGUUCCUAAUGACAAACAUUUCUUAGUAAAUAUUGAAUUGAUCAUUGGUUUCUUAUUCUGCACGUUUCCAUCCAGGCUUCAAUGUGAUUGCCUUUAAUGUUUUUAGUAAUACUUUCAUCAAAAUUUCUUAGCUAUGAGAGCUAUUUGGAGUAUAUUACUUUUGUCAAAUUCUCUACCCCAUUUCUCCUUGCUCUCUGCCCAGCCUGAUGAAAAGGAAAAAAAUGUUUGUUGGGCUUUGAUUAUCUUAUCAAAUGCAUUCAUUUUGGGGCCUGAUUUUCAUACUUUUUACUAGCAGUGGUUGAAAAUUUGGUUUUCAGAGUGGUCAGUAUAUAUCAAAAUAUAGAAUAUGAAUCCCUUUGAAUUGGAAAUCACAGAAUACAAAUUUAUGACUAGGAAGUUCACAUAGAAAACGUGUACAUCGAUGAUGUUACUAAAUUUUGGAAGAAAAUAUCAGUAGGGAUUUAAGUAUGUUUUAAUAUACUUAUGCAGUAAUGGAUUAAAAUGGUGGCUAAUAUUUAUAACUGAAGAAUUUAACAGUUUAAUGUAGUUUAGGUACAUCACAUACCUUAAUCAAAUAUGUGUCUCUGAAUGUUAAUGCAUUUGAUGAUGUGUGAAGGGAUAUUCACCCUUAAUGUAAACAGUAGCAAGACAGAUUUUCAGAUUUUUUUCCACAUUUAACUUCAAUAUUUUUUAUUUUCAUUGCAUCCAUUUUGCAGUAAAAUAGUUAUUUUAGGUAGUAAAACUAUAUAAUUUGAAAAAUUACUAAUAUAUUAUUCCUUUAUAGUAAGAAAUCCUGUUAUCAUGUGGUAUAUACAGCCAAAUUAAGGAAUAGAACACUGAAAAUCAAUUAUUUUUAAAAAUUCUGUGGUUAUUCAAAGAUAGAGAUACGUUAGUGAGUGUAUAAAUUUCUAAGUAAUGUAUUUUAAGUUUAGGCACGAAUCUGUGUAGCACAGAAAACUCCAGUGUAAUUCCAGUAGAAAUGCAUAUUUCCUACUUCUUGUCGGACUGCCCUACUGGGGGAAUGGCUGGCCCAGGGUACUCACUUGUCCUUUCAAGGUUUGGUCUGAUUGGGGAAGUGGCUGGGUCUUUCCAGACACUAUGGCACAGAGAACCUUAAGCAAUGAGAAAAGAAGAAAUGAUGAAAAAAUGGUUUCAGAGCAGCAGUGAGUGGGCAAAUCCUGAAGAUAGUGGAAAUAUGUUUUGGAGGUAAAAUUUAACCAAGAGUCCCUAUGUAAAAGAUGUACAUAGGGACAGAACCUAGCAUGAUGGGAAAUAAAGAUUUUUGGGGAGCAGGUUUGUAUACUAUUUCCUGCUUAGCCAUUUAGCUGAUGUUCAACACUGUGGUUAAAGGGCAUUGCACAACAAAGGAUGUAUGUGAUGUGAGAGGCAGGUUCUAAAAUUGAUUUUUUGGACCACACUACAUGCUAAGUGUAUGAAGUCCAUGCUACCUCAACUGGCAUUAGAGAUGAUAAAUCCUGGGCUUCCCAUGUUUUGUUUUGUAGAUACUGGUGUAGCCCUCCCACUCUCAAGGUGAUGUAGUUUAGUGGGUUAAGUCAAGUGUUGGCAAACUACCUCUUGGCCAAAUCUGGCCUACUACCUUUAAAGUUUUAUUGGAACAUAGAAAUGCCCAUUCAUUUAUGUUAUCAUCUGUGGCUGCUUUCUGAUUGCAAUGAUGAAGUGUAGUCGUUGUGAGAAACACUAUGGCCACAAAACCUAAAAUACUUUUGGGUCCUUCAGGAAGUCUAUUGACCUCUGUGUUAAACCAAAAGGAUUUCUUUCCCGCAAUUGAAAAUACCACAAGUAGAGCAGAACUUAGAUCUGGUUCCCUCAGGAUUCCAGAAUUGUUCCCUUUUGAUUCGCAUCUGCUUUUCUGAUUGACCUUGUUCAUUAGAUUGGUCCAAAGAUGGUCAAACUAGAGACUCUGUUUCUUUCUCCACAGCCAGUGAAAGAGAGCUGCUCUUUUAUCGUAAUGUUGGGUAGUUCACUGCUUAUUCUCGGUGUGCAUGACUGCUCUGACCCUGACUCCGAGCCAUGUUAAAGGUUAAACCUCUAGCUGUGUAUCCAAUUUUUGGCCUCUGGGGAGUUUUCCUAUCUUAGCAUUGAGCUUGGCUACAUGUUAACACUUUGGAGAACUUGGGUAUGUGUGUGUGGGUGUGUGUAUGUCAGCAUUCUUUUUUUUUAAAAGGGAACACAAAGUCAAAUUCAGUCAUCAGCUGAAUAACAGAAUACAUUGAUUUGCAACCUUGUAAAUCAUCGUAUAAAGUCACCCAGAGGAAGGAAUAGAAACAUGAAGAAAUGAGGUGAGAGUAUAUGGGCAGACUCCAGCAAAGCCGGUGACUUUGACCUCUAAGUUUAACUGAGCCUCCUUUGCCAUUGGAAGGAAGCCUUCCUCUCCUGAGUUUCUCUCCCCUGAGAACUUGUAAUGAUUUUCCCCGAGAUAGUUUCCUUCCCUGGAACUGUAGAUUCUCAAAAGACUUGGCUCCACCACCUCAUUUUCUAAACCUAGUAAUCAGACUGAAGUCCUUGUGGGCCACGGGGAGAAGGGUAAGUUGGGGAAGAGAGCCAUCAAGAAGGAAGUAUGACCAUGGGGAUAAUAUACCUGCCAAAAUAAGGGUUUUUAUGAUUCGUAUCACCAGAAACCUGAUAAAUGUAUAUAGUUGUGGACAAAUGGGCAUUGAAUUGGGAGGAAAUAAUAGGUUAGGCUGGAUUGGUUGAUACGGGACACUGAACACUGAUUCCAGACUCAGUGUAUUGAGCACCUAGGAAGGCCUUGAGCAGUUUGCCCAGUUGAGGGACUGAAACCUGGACCUAAUAUUAGCUUAUGCUUAUGCUAAAAUCAAAAUGCCAGAACUUUCUGAGUAUGUUGUAGAACAGUUUCCCAGCCUUAGCACCAUUGAUAUUUUGGACUGGAUAGCUCUUCGUUGGGGGUUAUUCUGUGCCUUGUAGGGUGUUUAGCAGCAUCUCUGGCUUCUACCCACCAGAUGCCAGUAGCACAUCCUCUUCCCCAGCACCCAGUUGUAACAAUAAAAAGUUUCAAGACACUACCGAAUGUCCCUUGGGUGGGGUAAAGGCAAAAUUGUCCCCAACUUGAGAACCACUGCUAUAGAAGAAGAUAAAGAUGGGAAUGCCAGACUGCUGGAGUGGAUUUAUCAUGUAAGACCUGCUUACUCAACUUCCCUAUGUGCCUUGGGAGGGUUCAGAGGACCCUCCCUUCGCCAAAGAUUUAGGAAAUAGAUUGGUGAGGGGAGUAUUGGCAGACCUUUGUAAGGACUCCUCUCUGCAAGUCAGAAAUUAUGGCAUCAAAAUGGGCUCCCUGAAUUCAGUGAGGAUCAUGGGGUGCUGGGACAUCAGAGAUCAAGUGGAAACACUUCAUUGGCAGAGAGAGAUAAAGAGUGUGUCAUAAUGAAUGGCAAAACCAAAGAGAUCAGAAUGGUUUGAUACACAGAUUUUUGCGUUUGUAUGCUGAUUAUGGUGUCCCGGGAGCUGAAAAGGAAGCCUACUAAUAUCCUACUUGAUAUAAGUGGAAAAGCACUAGGUCUGGUGAACAUAAAUCUGACUUGGAUCAACAUGAGAGUUGUGUCCCUCGGCCAAUUCCACAACAGGAGUCACUUCCCAUUUCCAGAGUAUCUUGAAUAAAGGUCAGGCUGGAUCUCCGUGAGGAAGGACCCUGAUAUAUUGCAAAAACUAUGCCAUAAAUCAAUCUGUUCUUCCUCAAAGUGACUUGCAGCCAUAUUUUAUUGAGAUUCUGCAUUAGGUAAGUUGAAAUAACCAGAUAAUGGAGGGAUUACUGGAAUCAAGAGCUGACAUGAAUUCCUGGUACCCCCAAAUGGCAGUGUGGUCUACCAGUUAGUAGAGGGGCUUCUAAAGGACAAAUAAUUAAUGGAUGUUUUUGCGAGGUCCAUAUGUGGUAGUCUGAAGGAAUCCCUGAACCCAUCCUAUGGUUAUUUCCCAAGGUCCAGAAUGCAGAGUUGCAAUAGAAAUAUAAUACAGUGAUUGGCAGAAUCCUUACAUUGGUUUCCUGAUCCAUGGAACAAGAGUUAUUGAUAAGAAAGGAUAAGUAAACACUAUAACUGCCUUGUCUGUACCAAAAUAGAAAACCAAAAGCAAUACCAUAUUCCUGAAGGGAUUGCAGAGAUUAGUGCUACUACCAGUACCUUGAAAGUUUCAGGGGUCAUGAUUUCUAUCAUAUCCCCUCAAUUCACUCAUUUGAUCUGUUCAGAAGAGAGGAAUCUUGGAUGUGACAUGGGAUCACUGUGAACUUAAUUAGAAGUUGAUGCCAAUUGCAGCUCCAGAUGUGGUUUUAUUACUGGAACAAAUCACCACAUCUGGCACCUGAUGUGCAACCAUUUAGCUGAUGUGCUUUUUUUCUCUGAACCUAUUAAUAAAUAUCCAAAGAAGUUUAGUUUCCCCUUGUUGGGCUUUCAAUAUACUUUAUGGCCCCAGCUCAGGGCUACAUCUAUUUUCUAAUCUUUCACAGUUAGGUCCAGGGAUUGGAAAACUCUGUUCUAUGGGUCAAAUCUGGCUACCACUUGUUUUGGGAAAUAAAAUUUUAUUGAAACAUG